CCGACCACUGCCGAGAAGCACGCCGCGCCGCGUCUCUGCCUCCUCCCCUGACUGGCGCCGGCCCUGCUCCGGCCCGGCCUCUGCCCAUCUCCGACCCGGACCGCCGCCGAUCUUCCUCCUCUACGCGCAGGCCGCCUCUGCUCCCCACACGCGCGCGCAGCCGCAGGGGGUCGCCUCGAUCCUGCCCCGGACGCGUAGGCAGGCGCGCGUUCGCCGCGCAUCCUCGACCUCCGUUCUCGACGCCAAGGUCGCCGACCGGCUUCUUCCUCUCCCCGUGAGCGGCGCCUAAAAAUUUCAACAUGGGGAAGAAGCCGGGCAGCGCCGGCCCAUCAUCGGCAUCCAGGCCCAUGAAUCAGGCCGUGUCGCUCCGUGAGGAGACCUCCGGGAAGACGCAUGCUGACGCACCCUCCCUGCUGAGAGUCCAGCACCUGCAGCGGCUGGGGGCGUGGGCGAGCGGGGAGGCGGGAGUUGGCUCGAUCGGGGCGCUGCUGGGCCGCCGAUUCGCCAUGAACACCGAGGCGGCCGGUGUACCCAUAGGUGCCUCCACCUUCCUUUGCCAGAGGUGUGAAUCAAUCUUACAGCCAGGCUUCAACUGCACAAUCCGCAUAAAGAACAACAAAAAGAAAGCAAAACGGCGCAAGAAGUCAAAUCUUGGCCAAAACAAUGUUGUUUAUGCAUGCCAUUUCUGUGGAGACGAAAACCUGAUACGGGGUAGUGGAAAGGGUAUCGUGAAGAGCCUAUUGUCAUCAAGAAAGCCCGUUAGCACCAGCAUAAUGUUGAAAGGAGUCAAUAUGCCAACUGUGACUACUAAAAAGGGGAUUGAGCAUUCUGUAACAGCAGCCUCGCAACUGGAAUCAUCCCACAGAAUGAUGGAUUUUGAUCUGUUAGGAGAUGCACAUGUAGACAUCCCACAGAAAAUUGGAGUGGAAAGCACAGAUGAUAAAUGUAUGAAUAUAAUUGAGCCAGCGGCUUCGAAGAAUAUUCCAACAUGUGAACCAGAUGUCACUUCUCGAGCAGAAUUUCUAGUUGGGUCAAACUUUGUUACUCCUCGGAAGAGCAAACUGGCGGAAGCGACUGCGCCUAUAACUUCAGCAGAAGCAUUGAAGACUAGAAGUACACUGAAGAGCAAAGGGCAGAAUUGUGGUUCCGUUGCUGGCAAGAUCCCUGGAAGUUACAGCAACUCAGCUUCGAAUACCAAAUCUGCGCCAGAUGAUUCUACUCAGGCAGCUGGUAGUUCAAGGAAGCGAGCAAGAAAAGGAUGGACUACACUGAAGCAGAUUGCUGAGAAUGAUGAGCUUGAGAGAAAAGAGAAGAUGGAUAACUUUGUAAUCCCGUUCUUCAUGCAGUAAAACAAUGGCUGGAAGAACAGUUAUACUCUCUCCGUCCGAAAAUACUUGUCACAUGGAUGGAUGCAUCUAGAUGUACUCCCUCUGUCUCAGUUUA